AUGCCGCACUGGCUGAGACUUGGCUUAACUCAUCCCUGGACUGCGCUAAAAGACACUAUCGCCCACGGCUUCAGUAACCUCGAGCUCGACAGUGACACAGAACCGGCUCUCUGGAUAAGACCUCCGGGAAUGACGGUGGAAGACACGAGAUCUGGGGUGGAGGCUGGUCACCAUGACGCGCAUUGUGGGACGGUCGACCUCGGCAUCUUCAACAGAAUCGAGUCGAACGAGAUAGCGGCGAGGCCUGAUAGCGAAGAGCUCAGUGCAGCGCUCAAGAAGAUCACGACGCUUCAAGGCGAGCUUGCCCAAAAAUGUCAAACGGAGAAGAAGAUGAGUAGAGAACUGGACUCACUGCGGGAUCACGAAGCGAAGGCUCGCGCGCACGCAUCCGAUGUCGAACGCCAGCUCGCGCAAAGCCACAGCCGCAUUGAGACGCUUGAGUUGGAGCGAUCAGUGACCCAAGACCUCCUCGAGGAGCGCUGCGCGAAGCUCAAGGAGGCCCAGACGUUCUUCACGAAGGUGGACGAGGUGGACGACACCGAGAUCCGCGGAAUCGUCAUCAACAUCAACGCCUACAUCCUUCAGGUCGCUGCCGGCAUCGCCGACCACUUUCGGGGUCAGUAUGUCUCGAACUCGAGCGUCGACACCGACGCAGUGAACGACAUCCUCCAUCAAUGGGACAUCAUACAUCCUCUCCUCCAUAGCACCCUUCGAGAGUGGGACCACUCCAGCGACGACAUCUUCGCACAGAUGGCCGUGCAGACAGUUCUCAUCGAAGGUGCUUUACGUGUCUGUGGCGCUUGGGACUACAACAUCGUUAGUCCUAAAUUCUUACUUCAGCACAUCUAUCGGGCCAUGGGCACACAGGAGAGCCAGUCGGUUUGCGGACGCUGGAGAGCACUUUGCCGUCGCCACGUCAGGUCGUUCACUCCAGGAGAGGACGAAGCGGCCGAAGUAGCCGCCGGGAUACUCUGCGAACACGUCAAAACCAUUCUGCUCGUAUGUCGGAUUCAGCAGUCGCCCGAAGAGCUGUUGUCAGAUAUCCGAAGACGCUUCCACGACUCUUUCAAGGACAUAGUCUACCAGUGCCUCAAGUUCCAGCGACUCGCCGGAGAAGGAGUCGUCUCGAGGGACUUGAAUGUCUUCGUGGCCGGCCGGGGGCAGGCAUUUGACCCGAGCCGGAUGGAGGAUCAGUGGAUGGACGCUUCCGCGCCUGCAACGGCGGUACCGUCGACGGUUCUCGCAACCAUGGAGCUUGGGUUGGUGCGAGAAGAGAGGCAGGUGGCCGAGGGAAAGACGACCACUCGAAGUGCAGUGCUGCUGAAGUCGUCGGUCGUCCUGGAGAGCAUUAUAGAGGAGAUGCAGCGACCCGCAAGGAAGUAG